AUGGCGACUGCAGACUGGAUUCAAUACGGCGCGCCGACGCUCGACCGACCAUUUGGUCUGCAGCUAUGGCCCACCUUCGCCAAAGCAUUCGAGGCAGUCCGCGGAUAUGCACCAGAGGACUUCCGCUUCGUGCCCGGCAAGACGCCCAUGGCGACAAUGGCUGAGACCGCGAUUGGGCUCAUUUCAUACUACAUAAUCAUCUUUGGCGGAAGGGAAUUGAUGAGGGAGCAGCAGCCACUCAAGCUCAACGGCCUGUUCAAGAUCCACAACUUUUAUCUCACGGCCAUCAGCGGUGUCCUGCUCGUGCUCUUCCUCGAGCAGCUGAUCCCAACCUUGGCAAGGAACGGUGUGUUUUACGCUGUCUGCCACUACAACGGAGGCUGGACUCAAGAGCUGGUCGUGCUGUACUACCUGAACUACCUGACCAAGUACCUCGAACUCCUAGACACGGUCUUCCUCGUCCUCAAGAAGAAGCCAUUGACCUUCCUCCACACCUACCACCACGGCGCCACUGCUCUCCUCUGCUACACCCAGCUGCUCGGCCACACCGCAGUAUCAUGGGUCCCAAUCACCCUCAACCUGACCGUCCACGUCGUCAUGUACUGGUACUACUUCCAGUCGGCUCGUGGCAUCAAGAUCUGGUGGAAGAAAUACAUCACCAUGCUCCAGAUCAUUCAAUUCGUCAUUGAUCUCGGCUUCGUCUACUUCGCAUCAUACACCUACUUCAGCGCACGCUACUUCCCGUGGCUCCCAACCUACGGCAUCUGCGCCGGAGAAGAGUUCGCCGCAUUUGCCGGCAUGGGUAUCCUCAGCUCCUACCUCGUGUUGUUCAUCGGCUUUUACAUCUCGACCUACAAGAAGCCAGUCAAGAAGGGUAGAGGCCGCGCGACUUCGGCUCUUGUGGAGAUGAAGGACGAGCAGAUUCCAGACGUCAAGGAGGUUAGGAGACGCCUAAGUGGUAACGCACAGACAAUGAACGGCUACAGCACGAGCAAGGAGAACGGUACUCCAAACGGCCGAGUUACCCGAUCGAGGAAGGCUUAG